AUGACACGAUUAUCAGUCUACGGCGCCUCCCUCGCCGUCUUUAUCGCCGCGUCGGCAUUGACCCUCACGUCCAUACUCGUCCCACACUGGGUCAGCAUGGACGUGGAAUCACAAAAUAGCGACACCGUCUACUCCCAACACCUCGGCCUGCACCACUACUGCAACACCGCCCUGCCCGACAAGCCCUGCCGCACGUUCCCCGACGAGGAGAAGGACUGCGACCCCAACGAUAGGUAUUUCUGCUCGAUGUGGAGGACGACUGGCUUCCUCAUGAGCUUCGCGACCGUCGCCGAGCUUGCUACACUUGUCUGCUUUGUUGUGGCCAUCGGCGGAGGUUCUGUCAAGAGGGAGUAUGGCUGGAAGGUCUUGUGCGGCCUUCUGACCGUGGUCUCUGUCGUACAAUUCGCUGCUAUGGGGCUUAUUUCAUUCCUCUACGAUAAAGACGAGUAUUUCUCCGUCCCAGGCUGGAGACUCGACACGUCUUGGAUCCUAUGUACUGUUAGCGCUAGUGUGGCUGCCAUACUGGUUGGUGCCCUGGCAUCAUGCGCCUACUUCCUGCCGCCAGAAGACGAUGGCUACAACUUCCUCGACGACCCCAUCGACGUCUAG